GCUUUCACGGCGGCGGGAGGACAUUGGCAUUAUGCAGGAGCACAAGUCUUUCCUCAUUCGAGAUCUGCUUGGUGACGUGCUGGAUCAUCGCGUUCAAGAUGACUCGGAGGAUGACUCGGCUGUGCACUCGGACUCGGAGGACACGAUCGACCCAGGCAGCAGCCCUUGCACGAGGCUCAGCAGUCCAUCCCCGGGCUCGGCGACCUCCGGCGGUGGCGGCAAGUCGUGCGCGCCCUCGGGCGCCACGACCAACGGCGGCAGGAAGCCCCGGAGGAGGCGGACGGCGUUCACUCAUGCUCAACUCGCCUAUCUCGAGAGGAAGUUCCGCUGUCAGAAGUACCUGAGCGUCGCCGAUAGGAGCGACGUGGCCGACGCGCUCUCUCUCUCGGAGACGCAGGUCAAGACGUGGUACCAGAAUCGAAGGACCAAAUGGAAGCGGCAGAAUCAGCUGCGACUCGAGCAGCUCCGGCAUCAGGCGACGGUGGAGAAGGAGCUCCUGGUGCGUGGGGUCGGCCUGCACCACGGCGGCAUCGAGGCCUACUGCACGCCGUCCUACUCCCAGAGCCAGCAGUCGUCGGCCCAGCCGCCCCCGCCACCGCCUGUGCCCACGACCGCCUCCACGGCAGCCUUUCUCUCCACUGCCGCAGCACUCUUCCGCAACGUCACCUACGUCCACGGCUGUCCGCUUUAACCCAUCCUCGGGGAGCAGAGUGACUACCUUCAGCCCCAACGUCGCCUCACCGUCGAUUCCUUUUCACCAUUGUGAGCGUUUCACCUCCAUUGUCCGUCAUACGCUCGACUACUGCGACAUUUC